CAAAUAUGGCGGCGGCGGUCUCAAAACGAUUUUGAAUAUCAACUCAUUUGUUUUUUGUCCUUUUUCUGCGACACUAGGAACAAUGGAUUCUGUAAUCGCAGUAGAGCCUCAGCUCAACGCCAUAAUUGUGGAAUACUUGGAGUUUCUUGGCUAUAACCAGACAAAAGAACAGCUGUCCCAAGAACUGAAUCUACUUGGAAAACAGCAGGCCGAUGAACCAAUUCCUCCAAGAAAUGACUCGCAAAUCACUAGAAUACAGGAGAAUCUACUAAGUGCAUUUGAUAGUGGUAGUUAUGAACACUUCUUUGCUCUUUGGAAUCAACACAUUCCUACAAACGCACAAACAAAUGACUGUCAAAAGCUUGAAUUUAAUCUCAACAUAUACUUUGCAGUACAUCCCAUAACAUGUGGCAGACAGAAUAAACUACUACUGGACAAGUCAAUGAAGAUGUUCAAAUCCUAUUUGGAGAACAAAGGAGCUGGUUUAAGCCAGACAACUGAGUUUCUUCCCUAUUACGCCUUACCUUUUGUCCCUGAUCYAACUAUGCACCCGUCCUUUAAACCUAUUUUUUCUAAUUCCUGGAGUCUUGAGCUGAGGAGUAAACUGGAAUCCUAUUUACCUGUGGCCCUGAAAUCACAAGAAAAACCCAAGCUUUAUAUUUUAUAUAAAAAUGGACCGGAUAUUGUUGAAAAAGAAAGAAAGAGACACACAGAACAAUUAAAACUGCUGCAGCAUCAGCUUUCAGAAGUUGAGAAAAGAUCUUCACAGUACUUCAAAAGAUUUUCUAAAGUACAGAAUGACUACCAUAGACUAAUAGGCAUAGCAGCAGAACUUGUGGACUCCUUAGAGGAUUGUGUCCGAGGGAAAAUGGUAACCCCUGAAUAUCUUCAAGACAUUUGUUUAAGAUUGUUUAGUAACUCUAUGCAAGACUCUAUUGAUGUCACUAAACCAGGAACUGCCAGUUCUAUGCUGAGAGCUUCAAUAGCUGUAAAUCCUCAAAGUGUUUCAGAUAGUAAGGAGAGUCCUUCUCUUAUAUCUCUGGACUAUGACAAGAUCAAGAAAGAUUUACUGGUCCUUAAUGAACGUCCUCUAAUCUUCCUUCUCCAAGCACUGAGAUGGAGGCUGACUAAUGCACCAAAUAUUGAAAAGAGAGAUGCAAGCAUAACAGCCUAUAUAAUCCAUGAUCUGAUUGGUUUAUCUACAACAGACAAAGAGGAUGAUAUUCUGGGUCUACUCAUCCAUUCAAAUGAUACUGUCAGACAAUACAUGGCAAGACUACUCAAUUCAAUGGGAUCAUUUUCAGCUGGUAAAGAAAUAUUGUUCUUGAUGUGAUUAUAGCUGCCUUGGGCCAAACCUAAACAACACCAACACAUAACAGCACAAACCCAUGCUGUGCUCAGCUUCCACUUUUGCC